GUUGGAAUUUACCUCUGAAAAAUAAGAAAAUGAUGAGUGAUGCAAGUGACAUGUUGGCUGCGGCGCUGGAACAGAUGGAUGGUAUCAUAGCAGGUUCUAAGGCCCUGGAAUAUUCCAAUGGGAUCUUUGAUUGCCAGUCUCCCACUUCUCCAUUCAUGGGGAGCUUGCGAGCUCUGCACCUCGUGGAAGACUUGCGUGGCUUGCUGGAGAUGAUGGAGACAGACGAGAAGGAGGGCUUGAGAUGCCAGAUCCCAGAUUCAACAGCAGAAACGCUUGUUGAAUGGCUUCAGAGUCAUAUGACAAAUGGACACCUACCUGGGAACGGAGAUAUGUAUCAAGAAAGGCUAGCACGUUUAGAAAAUGAUAAAGAAUCCCUCGUACUUCAGGUAAGUGUGUUAACAGACCAGGUGGAGGCUCAGGGUGAAAAGAUUCGCGACUUGGAGUUUUGUCUUGAAGAACACAGAGAGAAGUUGAAUGCCACAGAAGAGAUGCUGCAACAGGAGCUUCUGAGUAGGACAUCCUUAGAAACUCAGAAGUUGGAUCUGAUGGCUGAAAUAUCCAACUUGAAGUUAAAACUGACGGCUGUAGAGAAGGACAGAUUGGAUUAUGAAGAUAGGUUCAGAGACACAGAGGGAUUGAUUCAGGAGAUCAGUGAUUUGAGGUUAAAAGUUAGUGAAAUGGACAGUGAGAGACUUCAGUAUGAAAAAAAGCUUAAAUCAACCAAAUCUUUAAUGGCCAAACUUUCUAGCAUGAAAAUCAAGGUGGGUCAGAUGCAGUAUGAAAAGCAGCGGAUGGAACAAAAAUGGGAGUCACUGAAGGAGGAACUUGCAUCUUUAAAAGAGCAACUGGAAGAGAAGGAAUCUGAAGUAAAAAGGCUACAAGAAAAACUGGUUUGCAAGAUGAAAGGAGAAGGGAUUGAAAUUCUUGAUAAAGAUGAAAAUUUUAAAAAGAAGCUCAAAGAAAAAAAUAUUGAAGUACAAAAAAUGAAAAAGGCCGUGGAAUCUUUGAUGGCAGCAAAUGAAGAAAAGGAUCGAAAAAUAGAAGAUCUUCGACAGUGCCUGAACAGGUACAAGAAAAUGCAAGAUAAAGUGGUACUAGCCCAAGGCAAAGAUGGUGAAUAUGAAGAUCUCUUCAAUUCCAGUUCCAUCUCUACUUUGCUGGAUGCACAGAGUUUCAGUGAUCUGGAGAAAAGUCCAUCACCUACUCCAGUAAUGGGAUCUCCCGGUCAUGACCCAUUUAACACAAGUGUUCCCGAAGAGUUCCACACCAGCAUCUUGCAAAUUUCAAUCCCUUCAUCAGUGUCAGCGUCUAUGGAUAUGGAAACUUCUGAAAAAUCAAAGUUGCCUCCUAAGCCAGAGACUUCAUUUGAAGAGAAUGAUGGAAAAAUAAUCCUUGGUGCUGCUGAAACCCAACUGUGUGAUGAUCUUUUAACCUCAAGUCAAAAGUCCAGCAGUCUGAGCAAUCUAAAGAAAGAGACAUCUGAAGAGGAAAAGGAGUCUAUUCAGAAGACUUCAGAGGAUAAAACUCCAGCAGAAAGCAGCCCAUUUGGGAGCCUCCCUCCCAAAGCUCCAGGACAUAACGCCUCUGUGGAUGACAAUCCCUUUGGCACUCGAAAAGGCAGAUCUUCCUUUGGCCGGGGCUUUUUUAAAAUCAAAAGUAACAAGAGGACAGCAAGUGCGCCCAACUUGGCUGAAACAGAAAAGGAGACAGCAGAGCACCUGGAUCUGGCUGGUGCAUCUUCUCGGCCAAAAGAUUCACAGGGAAACAGUCCCUUCCAGAUUUCUCCGCCAUCUCCAGAUUCUAAAAAGAAAUCCAGAGGUAUCAUGAAACUCUUUGGAAAACUUAGAAGAAGUCAGUCAACUACAUUCAACCCAGAUGAUAUGUCUGAGCCUGAAUUCAAAAGAGGAGGGACAAGGGCAACUGCAGGGCCCCGACUGGGUUGGUCUCGAGAUUUUGGACAGUCUAACAGUGACUUGGAUAUGCCAUUUGCCAAGUGGACCAAGGAGCAGGUUUGCAGUUGGCUCGUGGAACAGGGCUUGGGUUCCUACCUGAAUUCUGGCAAGCACUGGAUUGCAUCUGGCCAAACACUACUGCAGGCUUCUCAACAAGAUCUAGAAAAGGAACUUGGAAUCAAGCAUUCACUUCACAGAAAGAAACUCCAGCUGGCACUGCAAGCCCUAGGAUCCGAAGAAGAGACCAAUCAUGGGAAACUGGAUUUCAGCUGGGUCACUAGAUGGUUGGAUGAUAUUGGUCUCCCCCAGUAUAAGACCCAGUUUGAUGAAGGACGGGUAGAUGGUCGGAUGCUACAUUAUAUGACUAUUGAUGACUUACUCACUUUGAAGGUUGUGAGUGUGCUCCAUCAUCUCAGUAUCAAAAGGGCCAUCCAGGUCCUAAGGAUCAAUAACUUUGAACCAAACUGUCUACGGAGGCGGCCAUCUGAUGAGAAUAACAUCGCCCCAUCUGAGGUUCAGAAGUGGACCAACCAUCGAGUGAUGGAGUGGCUGCGCUCCGUGGACUUAGCGGAAUAUGCCCCCAAUCUCAGAGGCAGUGGUGUCCAUGGUGGGCUCAUGGUUCUAGAACCUCGUUUUAAUGUAGAAACAAUGGCUCAGUUAUUAAACAUCCCACCAAAUAAGACUUUGUUGCGAAGACAUUUGGCCACUCAUUUCAACCUUCUGAUUGGUGCAGAGGCCCAGCACCAGAAGCGAGAUGCCAUGGAGUUGCCUGAUUAUGUACUUCUAACUGCUACUGCCAAAGUGAAGCCAAAGAAACUUACCUUCAGCAAUUUUGGAAAUCUGAGAAAGAAGAAACAGGAAGAUGGUGAAGAAUAUGUUUGUCCAAUGGAAUUGGGACAGGCAUCAGGAAGUACAUCUAAAAAAGGAUUUAAACCAGGUUUGGACAUGCGCCUAUAUGAUGAAGAUGAUCUGGACCGGUUAGAGCAGAUGGAAGAUUCAGAGGGGACAGUGAGACAGAUAGGUGCAUUCUCUGAAGGCAUCAACAAUCUGACACACAUGCUGAAGGAAGAUGACAUGUUUAAAGAUUUUGCUGCCCGUUCCCCCAGUGCCAGCAUGACAGAUGAAGACUCAAAUGUUUGACCACAGCACCUGGAUGAGAAUUAGGAGCUCUUAGCCUUUUUUUCCACUUGCUUUUCCAAAUACUCACAGUAUAUAUAUUGUUUAUUGCUCCAGCUUCUGCUCAUUUAGAAGUGGAAGUAGAAAGCAGAGAAAACAUGCUGAUCCUGAAGUUACCACAAAAAAUGAGACACUGGUGAAUGAGAGUAUAAUUGUUUUUCCUCUAUUUAAUGUAAAAAUCUGUGAUAUAUUAUAUUUAAAGUGUUGCAUUUAAGAUGAGUAUGUUACCAUAGUGUUUGUAUUCACAUCCAGUCUGGGGAACUUGGAGAGCAGUAGCCAGUGUGUGAAUGGUUUUGUCACAUCAGUGGUCACUGCAGCCAUCCAAGUAGGACAUUAGAUGCUUUCAAAAUCAGUAUAUGGAAUUUCUUUAAGCACUCAGUGUGCCCACUAAAAGCCAACCAUCCUCCACUUGCCUGUUAUUGUCUUAUUUUUAUAUAUUUUUCUAAUAUAUGUAUAUAUACAGCACAUAGAAAAUAGAACUUUUAUUUUGUGACAUAAGGAAGAUGGUGAAAAGAUCACCUUUUUAAAAAAAAUUAGGGUGAUCAAAAUUUUCAUAUACCAGCUGGUACCUGAAGAAGUCAGAAUGAUCUUUCUCCACACUGUAUUUUAGCAAUGUUGAUCAUUGAGGCUAAGUUAAUAUAUAUGAAAUACCCCUUUUUUGAUGACACACUACACCACUGUUAAACAGUUUAAGAAUUUCAACCUUCAUCUAUCCUUUUACCUCAUAAGGAAGAACCCGAGGGACAUUAAUAUACUGCUAACUUGAAUGCAUCCAAAAGCCCCUCCUUCCCCAAAUUUGAAGAAAUAAUUUCUGAAGAAAACAAACAUGAAAUAAAAGCCUUCACAGUAUUAAGUUUCUUAUAUUUGUAUUUGUUAAAUACAUCAUUACAUCAACAUACUAACAGUCUGCCUAACAUGUUAAUUAUACAUUUCUCAGGCUAUCAAUGAAUUGAGCUCUUUUUUUUUUAAUGAGAAAAGUUAAUUCCUCAUAAUGAAGCUUUUACAAAAGCUGAAUAUUUGAACAUUUUGUUUAAGUCAGUUCAGAAAAGCUGGGUUUGCAAAAUUAGUUUUAUGAUGGCUAAUUUGUGAUGAUAAAAUUUAGUUCAUGUUUUUCUGUAGCACUGGGCCCAAAUAUUCUUUAUAAAGAAAAUAGAAAACUGCAGCAAAAACUGUUUCUGUGUUUAUUAUUGUUUUUAGUUAGAAAAAGAUUCUAUUUUUUUAUUCAAUGCUGCAUAAUUACUCAUGGUAGCCAAUUGUGGAAAAGACAGGUUUUCACAAAUUAGGGUAGAAGGAGGCAAUUCAGUAUAUACCAGUGGACUUUGUUAUAAACAAUAUUUGAGUAUCAGUGGUAUUAUCUUUUAAGUUGUCAGCUCAAGGAACUUGUACUACUAGAUUACUGUUUAUUCAUAACUAAAAUAAUUUGACGCCAAUAAUAUUUUUCUUUAAACGCUACCAUUCAUUAUUUGGUAACUGUAAUGGACUCUUACUGUAGCUAGGUUUUAUUUGAAUGUGACUAUAUGUCACCACUUGAAAAACUUAAUUUGUUAUUAGAACCUGGUUGAAAAUACCAGGAGACUGUUACACUUGCCAAAUAUUCUUUAUUCAGGACAAUAUAGCGUAACUGAUGAUAUGUGAUAAGGUUAAAAUUUUGAUGAUGUAUUUUAUUUACAAAGUAUCAUACCCUGCUGGUAUUACCAUAUAAAAAAUAAAAUCAAUUGAUAAUUGCCUAA